CUGGGCCGACACCUGACCGCCUCCGUCGCAUCCACGCACCGGCGGAAAGCUCCUCCACCGAACGGCCACGACGAGAGGCUAGCCUCCAGAAUCGGACGUGGGUGGUCCAUUUUCGGCGGUGAGAGCUCUUUUUUUGUCCCCCCCGGUCCUGGAGGAACCGUCGGAUCGAUGCCGAAAAUGGACCGACGCGUCCAACCACCGUUCCACACGACGAAUAUGUUCUUCAAAUGAUGCUAAACUAAUCAGCAAACAAAUGGUAGGACAACCAACAUCCAGUGGACAGAGUGCGCCAUAGUGAGAUUUCAAUAACACAUUCACACACACACACACACACACACACACACAAGCGCGCAAGCCAUGGCUGUGGAGAACUCAGUCCUGCCCCCGGACUCUCUCUCGCUGCCCGUGGACCGCAAGCCAGAAGGGGACCAGGAGGCGGUAGCUGAGGCCCCGGUGCCACCCGCGGACAGCCGUGGCGUCUUCAACGUGUCCGAGGAGCUGGGCCACGUCGUCACCACAGAGGCGGCUAAGGUGAACCGGUCGUUCCAGUCCAAGAUGGCAGAGCGGGAGGCCACAGCCAAUCAGACCAGGAAGAAAACCCAGGGGCCCGAGAAGGAGCGAGGGAGAUUCGGGUGGGCUCGCGCGCGCCGCAAGAGGCAGCGCUACGUGGAGAAGAACGGCCGCUGCAACGUGCAGCACGGCAACAUGCGGGAGACGUACCGCUACCUGACCGACAUCUUCACCACGCUGGUGGACCUCAACUGGCGCUGCUCGCUCUUCGUCUUCGUCAUGGCCUACGCCGUCACGUGGCUCUUCUUCGGCGCCAUCUGGUACCUCAUCGCCUACUGCAGGGGCGAUCUGGACCACCUGGAGGACGAGACGUGGACACCGUGCGUCAACAACGUCAACGGCUUCAUCUCGGCCUUCCUCUUCUCCAUCGAGACGGAGACCACCAUCGGCUAUGGCCACCGCGUCAUCACUGACCAGUGUCCCGUGGGGACCAUGCUGCUGCUGUUGCAGGCCAUCCUGGGUUCCAUGGUCAACGCCUUCAUGGUGGGCUGCAUGUUCGUGAAGAUCUCACAGCCGAACAAGCGCGCCGAGACGCUGGUGUUCUCCAAGAACGCCGUUAUCUCGCUGCGGGACGACAAGCUGUGCUUGAUGUUCCGGGUGGGCGACCUGCGCAGCUCGCACAUCGUGGGUGCCAACAUGCGGGCCAAGCUCAUCAAGUCCAAGCAGACGCAGGAGGGGGAGUUCAUCCCCCUGGACCAGACGGACAUAAGCGUGGGCUUCGAGACAGGCGACGACCGCCUCUUCCUGGUGUCGCCGCUGGUGAUCUCGCAUGAGAUCGACGCCCACUCGCCCUUCUGGGACAUGUCGCAGGCGCAGCUGGAGAAGGAGGACUUUGAGAUCGUGGUCAUCCUGGAGGGAAUGGUGGAGGCCACAGGCAUGACCUGCCAGGCCCGGAGCUCCUACCUGGCCGAGGAGGUGCAGUGGGGGCACCGCUUCAGUCCCAUGAUGUCGCUGGCCGAGGGCUUCUUCGACGUCGACUACGGCGCUUUCCAUCACACCUUCGAGGUGGACACACCCUCAUGCUCGGCACGAGAGCUCUCAUUGGCUGCCGCGAGGCUGGACGCUCACCUCUACUGGUCCAUCUCCAGCCGGCUAGACGAGGAGCCCACCCUGGUCCAGCAGGGGGCCAAGGAGCCUGAGGCACCGCCGCCCAAGAGCGCCCCCGCCAACGGCAAAGGGGAGGCGCCCACCUUCAUCGUCGGCGAGCUGACCGACGUCAGCGCGGCGUCCCCCGAGCUGGGCGAGCCGAACGGCAGCAUCCAGUCGGCGUGUGAGGACUAGAUGACAGAAUCUUUACAAAGACCUUCUGCCAUUUUGUUUAUAUCUCAUCAAGAAGACAUUUUGUUCUUUAACUCUUUCUAGAUAGUGUACGUGGACUUGUCUCCUUUUAACCGCCCUGGCCUUUAUCACUGUUUGAAUGAGGUGGGAUAUUGUAAAUUGGCCAAUUUUGUUCACAUUUAAAUAACAUUUAGAGAGUUUAGGAUGUAUUUGAACAUUAUAAGAAGACUGACGCACUACAAACAGCCCUAAAUAUUAACAUUAGCGCCUAUGCUAGUGCUAACACAGCAGGAGCUGGUCCACCAAUAUUACAGACCACUUAAGUGGGUGAUCUGGAGUAGCCACAUUAAUAGCAACGGUGCUAUUUACCCUCAUGUCGAUAUAAAUCUGGGGCUACUACAGAGGUGCCUUGAGAUGCGAGUGACCCAAAUUAGGAGUUUUUCGAGAUGCGAGCCGUCGUGCUGAUGAUUUUGAUUGCUCUGAGCUGUGAGCUAAAAUUCGAGAUAUGAGCGCUGUACCGGCAGUGAACUAAACUCCCAUCACAGUAAGCAGCAGUUUGGCAGAUGGUGAACAAUUCUCCCCCCCCCACCCCCCAAAAAAAAGGCUUCAAGCUGUAAUGCCACUCUCAGUUGUAAUUUACUGUCAAUGUAAAGAUAAAACAAAGAGAAUUACAUUAUGGUGGACCAGACAGGAGCCCUCAUGUUGUGUUAGCACUAGCACAAGUGCAAACUGUUCUGUGUGUGGUGCCAUGGCACACAGGUGGUGGUUGUACUAACAUUAACCAGAUCAAAAACAAAUGUGUAAUUAGGUGAAUCUGCUUCGUUUCAUACACACUUCAGAAUUUUUUUCCCCCCUCAAAUUACCUUUAAUUACGUUAUGAAUAAUUAAUGGGCACACCACAGUAGAAUACUACUGUAGUAUUAUAUACUAUAUAAUAAUUUAAAAUACUACACACUACAGUAGAAUAAUUGACAUUACAAGUGCAUCUGGCACUACAGUAGAUCGUCUGACGAGGCAAUCUGACCGUACAGUUGACCACAUGAUAUGAUACCACUGUAUGCAAUCUGGGUAGUCAAUCUAACACUGCAGUAGACCAUCAGGCACGGCAGUAAUUCCAUUUUAAAUUAUAUUUAAAAUUGGAAUUGGGCUGUAAGCACCGACAAGUUCAGAUCCGAGACCUACUCUUGACCUUACCCAGCCUAUAGUUCUAAGAAUUCUAAGCACAAGUCACUUCCUAGCUUACUGCUUGCUGCUGCUGUGUAUACGCGUGGUGAUUUUUACUCGAUGCUUUUAAUAACAACAAUUGUCUAUCUCAUAUACUAAUAUGUCACUUAGAAUAAAGUAUAUUCCAGAAAAGAAAAGAAAAA